UGUACCUCUCCGCUGGUUAACCAACCGCCAAUAAACACCAACGAAGAAGAAGCUCAUUCUGGUGGAUUUUGUCAUUAGCUGAAAAUGAGAAGCUAACAGCAAGUUUUCUGCUUGCACUUUAUUAAAAGUCAAGCCCCGUAUGUGUAGGCCUAUUAAGUUAUGGGAAACCAAGUGAAAUAGCACGUAUCGACACUACAGCGGGGCUGCAGCAGGUGGAGGCAGAAGCCGCCUCCGCGGAGAUGGUCAACUUAAACUGGAAGCCGUUCAUCUACGGAGGGAUGGCCUCGAUUGUCGCAGAAUUCGGGACGUUUCCCAUUGACCUGACUAAGACCCGGCUGCAGGUACAGGGUCAGUCCCAGUACACGGAGGUGCGCUACCGAGGCAUGUUCCACGCCCUCUUCAAGAUCGGCAAGGAGGAGGGCAUCCGAGCGCUGUACUCCGGGAUUUCUCCGGCUCUGUUGAGACAAGCUUCUUACGGGACGAUCAAGAUCGGGACCUACAACUCUCUGAAGAGGUUCUUCGUCACUCAUCCAGAAGACGAGACCAUGGUCAUCAACGUCUUCUGUGGUGUCGUGUCUGGAGUCCUGUCCUCUUCUCUGGCCAACCCCACCGACGUCCUCAAGAUCAGGAUGCAGGCGCAGGGCAGUCUGCUCCAAGGCAGCAUGAUGUCCAACUUCAUGAACAUCUACCAGACAGAGGGCACCAAAGGGCUGUGGAGAGGCGUCAUCCCCACAGCGCAGCGAGCAGCCAUCGUCGUCGGGGUGGAACUUCCUGUCUAUGACAUCACGAAGAAGCACCUGCUUCACUCUGGCGUCAUGGGAGACACCAUUUUGACACAUUUCAUUUCAAGCUUCACGUGCGGCCUUGCGGGGGCGCUGGCCUCCAACCCCGUGGACGUCGUCCGGACUCGUAUGAUGAACCAGCGAGUUUCGUCGGGGAGCCCGAUGUACAAAGGAACGCUGGACGGACUGAUGCUGACGUGGAAGAACGAAGGCUUCUUCGCUCUCUAUAAGGGAUUCUGGCCCAACUGGCUGCGGCUCGGACCCUGGAACAUCAUCUUCUUCAUCACCUUCGAGCAGCUGAAGAAGCUCCCGUUUUAACCGCAGCAGGAAGUGACUUCACUGGGGCUUCAUCACGAUACAGUACAACACUCGUCAUCACGCUCAUCCAAACCUUACGUUGUUGUUUAUUUUAUUUAUUCUCUGUCUUCGUUCUGUUGUCACCCUCGGCCCCCCCGACGCUCCCCAGGCAGCUAAAGUUUAAUUCCUUGAGUUUCCCACUGUGGAUUAGGUGAGUGGAAACCUUUGUUAGAAAGAUGAGCGUCGAUGACACCGGAUGAUUGUUUGCUCAGGAAGGGUUAGGGUUAGUUCCUGAGCAGAGGAGGUGAGGAGCUGAGGAGGUGAGGAGGUGAGGAGGUGUCAGGAGGUGAGGAGGUGUCAGGAGGUGAGGAGGUGUCAGGAGGUGAGGAGGUGUCAGGAGGUGAGGAGGUGUCAGGAGAAGGAACACUCCGAAAUGUGUUUUAAUCUUGUAAAUACUCAGAACGUCUGUACGAACACAAAGCUGAGGAGAGAGACGUCUGUUCUUCCAAACAUCAUCACAUGAACUCUGAACGUCUGUCAACUUAAACGCACAACAUGUAGACAGUCACAGUCAGACAGACAGUCAGACAGACAGUCAGACAGACAGUCAGACAGUCAGACAGACAGACAGACAGACAGACAGUCACAGUCAGACAGACAGACAGUCAGACAGACAGUCAGACAGACAGUCAGACAGACAGUCAGACAGACAGUCAGACAGACAGUCUGGAGGUUUUUAAACGCAGCAGAGGGUUAUCGUCGUCCUCCAGAACAAACAGCUGAUUAACGACCAGUGAAACACAGAAUGAAGCAGCUUCAUGUUGAACAUCUGUGUUUUCCUGGUGGAGCGGCUACGAGCUAACGGCUAACGUUAGCGCAGCUUGUUUCUCUGAGAACUUAAGAUCCAGAGAAGUCCUUCAUCCUUCACAUACAGGGUUGUUGCUCCCGAUCGAGGUGUUGAAGUACAUGAAGUGAUUCUAUCUCACGUGUCAAAUCAUGUCCCGAACAGACGAAUGGAAGAAUGUGUCUCCAAGAUGAGUUCAAUAAAAUCUGGUUUCCGGGAGAAACUCUUCUGGAAAGUGUCUGAACGUCAGUGAAGAACGUUUGGAACCGAAAAAGAUAUUUUCAUUUUGUGAAUCUCUGAACUGGACUCGCGGGAAACGAACCAAAAGCAUUUUUAAUAUCGUGUUUAUACCAAUUAUUUGCCAAAACUCAUGAUCCUUUAUCAUACACAGGUUUCACAUUCUGAGACUAACACGUUUCCAAGAUUAAAAUCGUUUCUGAGAAAGAAAAUCUGAAGUUCUCUGAGAUUAUUGUUCAUGGAUCCAGAUGACAAGUCGGAUCAAACUAAUGAAACGUUUCUACGGUCGGGUCCGAACCACAGAUGAAGGUUUUUGUUUCUAAAUAGAAGGUUGUUUCACUUCCUGUGCGAACUCUCCGCCGCUCCUCGUCCUGUGAUUGUGUUGCUGAAGCUUUAGUUUGAAGUACGUUCAGGGUCUGACCUCUUUUGUCAUUUUAUUAAGAGUUCUGCUUUUUAUGUUGACCUGAGAAUGAUUCAUUCAUUCAUUCAUUCAUUCAUUCAUUUAUUUAUUUAUUUGAGUUCUUUGUGUUUUUAUUUAUAUUUUCUGUGGCUCAAAUCCUAGAACUGUAGUUUUAAUAAAACAUGUUUGUAAUAAAGGAGCACGCGUGUGCUUUGUGCUCCUUCAAGAGAAUCGUGAUUGUAAAGCACUUUAUCUUUAUGAGCGCUUGUGGAGCCUCUGAUAAAUGUGUGUGUGUGUGUGUGUGUGUGAUGUUGUGGUUUCUGUUCAUCAUUUGAUGCUUCCUUUAGUCAUUUAGUCAUUUAGCGUGUCUGAGUUUUCACAAUCUACACUUUCCCCUCAGACAUCUUUGCAACAUGUUUCUCUGCCUGUGAAUCCGUUUGUAUUUAUUGUUCUUGAAACAUUAGAUGCAGCGUAACGCUGAUCACAUGAAGAAGACGUCCACCGUGAACUUUGGUUUGUGCCAGUCGGCAUCGUUCCUCCUGAUCACACAUUGAGUUUCAUAAGUUUGAUGAGAUGCUUCGGUUCUGAAGUGUUUUGUUAUCCUGAUCGUUCACAUUUAUUAUCUGUGUGUCGGGAAGUGUUUAGUAAAUGUCCACCUGGUGUGUGUUCGCUGUCUGUAACCUUCUCGCUUCACUUGAUGAAUGUUUAUGUGGGAAGUUUUUCUUUGACAGAAUGGGGUUUGGCUUUAUAUCAAUUCAAUGUUCACUCAAAUAAAAUCUACUCUGUGAUUGU